GCACCUUUGGAGAGGAAGAAAGAGCCAAUGUUUCGGGCCGAGACCCUUCAUCAGGACCAGGUUAAACUGUUACACAUUCUCCAGUGGCUUCAUCUGGCGCUGAAAGGGUUAACACUCGCCCGAGAAACUCUUGCAAAAAGCUCUGGGCUGCAAGAACAGGUGAAACCAGUUGUGGGACUGUCUUGGAGCAGGAAGAUCGACUCCAUGCCUGACGGUAUUGUUGAGAUUCUGUUUGUCUCUCCUGUUGACACGGGAACAUCUCAAGUCGGAGUCCUGGUGUUAACAAACCUCUGGCGGAGCCUUGCCCAGUGUAGCAGCGAGAUUCCGGAGCAAUAACAGCACUUCGACUUCACCCGAACAGUAAUUUCAUUCACACUGCUAUUCAAAGAACGUUCGGAUUAAUUCGAAAGUGCUUGGGGGCAGUUGUGCCGCCGUGAGCGGGAGGGAACUUUGUUCCCCGCCGAGCACUGAUCAAUCGCUCGCUGAACAACUCCUUCAGCCGGGAAGGAAGCUCCGGGGCGGUCACAGCGUCUCUCUCAUGGUAAUUGGCCGGUGAGCGUCUCGUUAUCAUGCUGUGAUUUUGGAUGAAGAAGCAAUGUCCAUUUUCAGAGUUAUCACCUUCUUACUUCUAAGCAUCUUUGGAUGUUUCACUGAGCAAUGCUCUGUUUCCGACUCUGAGCAGGCUGCCGUUGACACCCUGAUGCAGGUGUUACAAGAGAGCGCAGAGGACGAGUCUGCGGACCCAGACCCCGCCACCUACCUCGGCCUGCGCUCCGCUCACAGACACGACCAGAGACUUGAAGAGCAUUUCCUGGAGCGGCUUAAAGCAGCCGCCAUUCGGAAAGUGACUCAGGGAAGAGAACAUGAUCUGCCCACUGGUUCAGUUGCUCUCUAUGUGCUGGCUUUUAGAGCUGGCUGCCUCAAUCCAAGCAGCAUCUCCAAUGGUCAGGCACAGAUUAAUCUGGUGAAAAUUCUUGGAGAUAAGCUCAAUAUGGAAUUCCAAAACCUAGAGUCCCAAGGACAUCUUCUUACGGAUUUCUACCAGAUCUCCUUAGCAAUGAUGGCACUCUGCAUUGAAAAGCAACCUGUCCUUACUGCAUAUGUGGAGAAAAUCUACGACAGGGUUAUGGGUCGCAAAGAUCAGUUUGGAGAACCUUUCCUUAUUGAUACAGCCUCUAUGACCGUCCUUGCUCUCUCCUGCAUACACAAUGGCAAUAACCUUGAUAUCAUGGAGAAACACCACAUUGAACAAGCCAUCAUGCUCUUGCUGCGUCAGCUCCUAAAUUACCAGCAGAUGGAUGGUACCUUUGGGACUAUCUACAAUACUGGCCUUGCUGUUCAGGCUUUCGUUGAACAGGCAAAACUGGAAUUUACUCUCUUCCAUUGCUCAAAAAAUUUGCAACUCUUGGUCAGUGAGAUCUAUAAAGGAUCAUUUAACACAGUGCAGAAAGCUUUCCCAGUACUCCUGGCUUUGGAGGGGAAACCACUGUUGCACGUUGGAGACCCCAGUUGUCGUUCACGUCGGGAUAAUCUGCCCAAAGGUGAAAAUGAGAGGUGAAACGAGGACCAAGCGAUGAAGACCAAGAUGCUGUUUUCGUCCAUUACAUAGAAUGGAUACCUUGCAGUUAUACAGAUGGACCAUAGAACGGCAUUUGAUUACUAUGCCAUGUCAGAAUCAUUAAACCAAUAACCCCCGUUAAUCUCUCUUCCUCUGGACCCUGACCAAUGAUCAAUAUGCCUGAAACAGUCCUUAACGCUGUUGACUCAUAAACACGCCUAUGCUCUGUGCCUCACCUCCACCCCGAUAGUGUUUUGCAGAGAUCCACCACUGCGUGUAUGUUAAAUCAAUAAAGUCUCUUGCAUCUA